CGGCUGUCCGCAUGGUGCAAACACAUGGAACGGCGGACGCGCUCUGUCUAUUUCGUCAACGACCUCAGUUAGACUGAGAGUCGACUUGGUCAACACCCACCUUGUUGACCUGUUCAACACAAAAUGGCCCAUGAUACAAGCAUCACAAUGUCGUCUUCCUUGUCGUCAAGUGGCUCUUCGAAUCCAACUCUCACUCUCACUUCGAGGACCAGUGCAGAAUCUGUCCGCAUGUUGCCUCUCAAAGAGCUCCCGACCAAUGCGUCAAUCUCGUUUUACCUAUCCCCGGGGUCAAUCGAAGUUACAGCAGAUGAGCCGAUCGUCCUUACUACCACUUGCACCGUCAGUGCCAACUCAAAGAAAGAGCAACCAAUACCUGACUGUUACCUGAUCCUGCUGGCGCUGAACGAAGAAUGCCGACGUCUUCGGCGAGGCGGGUUUUAUCAUCUGCCACUUCGUGACGGAAUUUCGUCGGGACACCCGUGCGAUAUUGUGUUCGUUGAUGAAGGAUGGGGAGAGAAGGGUAAUGCGAAGUGGGAUGCUGCCAACUGGCAAGAGAGACUUGAGAUGUGUACCGCAGAGGGCAAAAUCAAGGACUCCGAACUGGUCAUUCCGAUCUGCACUCGAAUGCUCCGACAUAGAAUCCCACUUGCCUCGAAAGACUGUAGCGGCGGCUACGUCUCUGGUUCCGACCAGGCCGUUUCGCGGUACCCAGACCAGAUUGCCUGGUCGCGCGGUGUUGAAGACAUCUCUCGAAUCCUGCUUCUGUACCCUCACCACCACGCAAACCCGAUCCUGUGGCCCACCGACGUGGCGGAAAACUCGGAAUGCAGCGUACAUCUGACAACACCGAAUGACCUCUCCGAGACACAUAUUGUGAAAUGGCAGAAAGAUACUGGAUUCUCCGGCGACUACUGGAAUGCGACAGCCAAAAGAAGCCACAAACGCUUACCAGGACCUGUCCAAAGUAAUCGUGACGUUGUUACGAAUCUGUUGAGGAUUUGGAAUCAGACAGAUAUGGAACGAGAGGAGGUCAUGGUCGCGCUUGACUGGACAAUGUUCACCAAUGUGAAAGAUACAUGGGAGUUUGUCAAGAAGCAGGCUGACAGUCUGGACGCCGAGAGUAGGAAAGCCAUGUUGGCGUUCUGGCCGAAGGAGUGGCCGGAAGAAUGA